AUGUCGACCUCGAGUGCUGUCCCGCUCACCCUGGCCACGUUCGACGUCGACGGCACGUUAAUUCGCGCCUCUGGAGCCGACGCGAACAAGUUCCACAAAGACGCGUUCGCGCACGGGUUACUCGAGGUCUACGGCAUCGACGACGCGCGCGGAAUCGACGUGGUACAACAUCACGGGUCGACGGACAUGCUCAUCGUCGCCGCGGUGGCGCGGUUUCACGGCGUGCCGGAGGAAGUGAUUUACGAGCGCAUGGAUGAAUGCACGGCGGCGAUGUCAAGAUACGCGGUGGAAAAGAAGGCAGACGCGGCGGAAGGCCUUGAGUUGUUGGUUGGCGUCAGAGCGCUUUUGGAAAAAUUGGCCGCGAGGGACGACGUCGCCGUGUGUCUCGUCACCGGAAAUCUGGAGCCCAUAGGCUGGGCGAAGAUGCAACGAUUGGGGAUCGACGAGUUCUUCACAGCUCCGCGGUAUGGAGGUUUCGGGAGCGACCACACCGAUCGAGGUGAGCUCGUUGCGAUUGCGGCGAACAGGACGAAGGAAUAUUUGGGCGUGCGCGCCGAAAAACGGUUUCAUUUCGGCGACACGCCCGCGGACGUCAAGGCGGCUGAGUUCGCCGGGGCGACGGCGAUCGGGCUGCUCACUGGAAUAUUUUCCAAAGAAGAGCUCGUGGCGAGCUCGAAAUUAGACGAUCCGAUUAUUUUUGACGAUUUGAGCGACACCGCGGCCGUCGUGCGCGCGCUCGGUCUCGAAGAGUAG